UUAUUGUUUAGCAGUCAUGAUUUUGGCAGUGCUUAUUGUGUUAUUCUGUGCGUUGCUCGCGUUAUGGAACAAGAUGAAGCCGCGAGGCCCAUCGCCUCCAGUGUAUCCUGGAGCGUUACCGAUAUUAGGGCACGCUCAUCAAUUGUACGGAGAUCCUAUAUAUUUUUGGACGAUUCAAAAGAAAAUGUAUCAAUUCAGUUUAGACAACGGUGGUGUCUCGGAGAUAAGAUUUGGCCCUCAUUCUGUCUACAUGGUAACCGAUCCAGAUGACAGUCUAGUCAUAGCCAACACGUGCCUCAACAAGCCAUACUACUACGACUUUGCCAAAGAAAUGUUCAACAGAGGACUCGUCACCGCCAGUUUAACAACAUGGAAACCUCAUCGACGACUGUUGUACCCAGCCUUUAAUAUGCAAGUCCUGGCCACAUUCGUAUCUGAAUAUAAUACUCAAGCCCGGAAUUUGGUCACUGCAUUGAGUUCUGAAGUUGGAAAGGAACCGUUCAAUGUGCGUCAUUAUUUGGUCAACCAACUGUUGAAAACUGUUUGUCAAACUUCAUUGGGAUUAGAAACAAAAGACAAAUCCAUUGAUGAAGACUAUGCAAAUGCCACGGAAGACCUCUUCAUGAUAUUCGUAGAACGAUUGAAGAAACUGUACUUGCAUUUGCCUUGUUUAUUCGCUUGGAGUUCUCUGAAGGCCAGACAGGAUCAGCUGCUCAAAAUCACGAAUGAUGCAAUGUUUAGGGUGAUCGAUAGACGAAAAGUGGAGUUCAAAGGCAAUGAAGACAAAAACAAAACAGCUACUAGAGAUAUUAAAUUCAAGCCGCUACUUGAUCAACUGCUAGAGCUAUCAGACACACAAGAUGCUCUAUCGGACGCUGAGAUUAGAGAACAUUUGGACACUGUAGUGGCAGCUGCUUAUGACACCACAGCUACGGCAGUUACAUACGCACUGAUAUUAUUAGGAACAUAUCCAGAAAUACAAGACCGCGCUUAUAAAGAAGUGCAAGCAGUACUUGGAGAUGAAGAUAAAGACUUAUCCAAAGAUGAUCUGCAGAAGCUAGUGUAUGUAGAAGCAGUUUUAAAAGAAAGUAUGAGAAUGUAUCCAUCAGUUCCUUGUGUAGCAAGAAGUAUAGAAGCGGAUGUAAAAUUAAAGAACUACACUCUACCAGCUGGUGCAUCUUGCAUGAUAUCAAUUUAUGGCCUGAAUCACCAUUCCAUUUGGGGUGCUGAUGUGGAUCAGUUCAAACCGGAGCGAUGGCUGGAUCCAUCCACUUUGCCAAACAAUCCAAAUGUUUUUUGUAGUUUCAGUUUAGGAAAACGCAAUUGUUUAGGUCGCCUAUAUGCGAUGCUGGUGAUGAAGACAAUGUUAGCGCAUGUACUUCGCAAGUUCCUGAUAAUCAGCGACAUAAACAGCAUCACAACACAAUAUGAUAUUCUAAUAAAACCAGCUGAUAACUCACAAAUACGUUUAGAAUUAAGAUCGGGAUAGAAAGAUUUUAUUUAGUACCAGCAAACUUUCAAAAGCGGCAAACUUCGUGGCGCCGCCAACAUUUUGUUUUCACCUUUUAAACAUUUUCUGGAUUUCCACUAAUAAUUCAUGACCAAAAUUAGCCAAAUCGGUCCAGCCGUUCCCGAGUUUUAGCAAGACUAAUGAACAGCAACAUUGAUUUUAUAACAUAGAUAAAUAGUCAGAGUAGAAUAAGGUGAUUUCUUCAGUCAUUUCGGCGUGUGCAAUGUAUUAUUAGAACUUAUGACGGGAUAUUUACCAUGUUUAUUUAUUUUGAUGAGCUUCCGAUAUUUCGGCACU